AUGGAAAAUGCUGAAGUGGUUGUAAGCAGCUGCAGUUCUCAUGAUGAUGAUAAUCUUUACAGCUACAAACGACACCCAUCUGUUUCACAGGAGCUGCUUUUGGAAGACCAGCUUAGAAGGAAACUUAAAUUUUUUUUCAUGAACCCAUGUGAGAAAUUUUGGGCCCGGGGCAGAAAACCUUGGAAACUUGGGAUUCAACUUCUAAAAAUAGUGAUGGUUACCAUCCAGUUAGUAGUUUUUGGGUUAAGCAAUCAAAUGGUGGUUGCCUUCAAGGAGGAGAACACUGUGGCAUUUAAGCACCUCUUCUUGAAAGGAUAUACAGAGAGAAUGGAUGAUACCUAUGCUGUAUACACACAAACAGAUGUCUAUGACCAGAUCUUCUUUGCAAUAAACCAGUACUUACAGCUGCGCAACAUAUCUGUUGGAAAUCAUGCUUAUGAGAGGAGAGGAGCAGAACAAACAGCUAUGGCAAUCUGUCAACAGUUCUACAAGCGAGGAAGCAUCUGUCCUGGAAAUGACACCUUUGAUAUCGACCCCAACAUUGAAACUGAAUGUUUCUAUGUUGAGCCAAUGAUGCCUUUGGAAAACAGAACACUGGGAAAGCACCAGUUCAAUUUCACUCUGGACUUCCAUAGACUUGUAACAGUACAGCUUACCUUUAAACUGAAAGCAAUCAAUCUCCAGACAGUUCGUCACCAUGAACUCCCGGACUGUUAUGAUUUUACUUUGACAAUAGUGUUUGAUAACAAAGCACAUAGUGGAAGAAUUAAAAUAAGUCUGGACAAUGAUAUUGCCAUCAGGGAAUGUAAAGACUGGCAUGUUUCUGGAUCAAUACAAAAGAAUACUCAUUACAUGAUGAUCUUUGAUGCCUUUGUCAUAUUGACUUGUUUAGCCUCAUUGAUCCUCUGCACACGAUCAGUGGUUAAAGGAUUUCGGCUCCAAAGGGAAUUUGUAAGUUUUUUCCUACAUCAUUAUAAGAAAGAAGUAUCUUUCACAGAUCAAAUGGAAUUUGUCAAUGGGUGGUACAUCCUGAUUAUUGUUAGUGAUGUCUUAAUUAUUGUUGGCUCAACACUAAAAAUGGAAAUACAAGCUAAGAGUCUGACAAGUUAUGAUGUCUGUAGUAUCCUCCUAGGAACCUCCACCAUGCUUGUGUGGCUUGGAGUUAUUCGAUACCUAGGUUUCUUUCAGAAGUAUAAUCUGCUUAUUCUGACACUACGGUCAGCAUUGCCCAAUGUCAUUAGAUUCUGCUGUUGUGCUGCUAUGAUCUAUCUGGGCUAUUGUUUCUGUGGAUGGAUUGUACUGGGGCCAUAUCAUGUUAAGUUCCGUUCUCUGAACAUGGUUUCAGAAUGCCUUUUCUCACUGAUAAAUGGAGAUGACAUGUUUGCCACAUUUGCAAAAAUGCAGCAGAAAAGUUACUUGGUUUGGUUAUUUAGUCGGCUUUACCUUUACUCCUUCAUCAGCCUGUUCAUCUAUAUGGUGCUAAGUCUUUUCAUUGCACUGAUCACAGAUACCUAUGAAACAAUUAAGCAUUACCAGCAAGAUGGCUUUCCAGAGACGGAACUUCAUGACUUUAUAUCACAGUGUAAAGACCUACCAAACUCAGGCAGAUACAGAUUAGAAGAGGAGAGUCCUGUGUCUAUCUUCUGUUGCUGUAAACGGUAG